GCGCCUCUCACCUCCAUCAUUCCCCCCACCGUCCGUCCCGAUGGCCUCCGACGCCCCCCUUCUCCCCGUCGUCAUCCUCAUCUUCAUCCUCGGCGCCGGCCCCUCCCUCGUCUCCUCCUCCGAGCCGCUCAACGCCGAAGUGGUGGCGCUGAUCGCCAUCAGGCAGGGGCUGGUCGACCCGCACGGCGUGCUCAGCAACUGGGACGAGGACUCCGUCGACCCCUGCAGCUGGGCCAUGGUCACCUGCUCCCCGCACAACCUCGUCAUUGGCCUCGGAGCGCCGAGCCAGGGCUUGUCGGGAACCCUGUCCGGGAGGAUCGCCAACCUCACCAAUCUCGAGCAAGUGCUGCUGCAGAACAACAACAUCACGGGCCGUCUGCCGCCGGAGCUGGGCGCGCUGCCCAGGCUCCAGACGCUGGACCUCUCCAGCAACCGCUUCUCCGGCCGCGUGCCCGACACGCUCGGACACCUGUCCACGCUGCGAUACCUGUGA